AUGUCCUUCGCCCGUGCCUCGAUCGGCCUAAUUGCCCUGGCGGCCUCCGUCUCGGCCAGUAUCAAGACUUGCUCCAACAACAACAACACUCUGAGCUGCCACAGCUCCUCCAAGGCUGGCACUUGCUGCUAUAGUUAUCCCGGUGGUGCACUCCUGCAAACCCAGUUCUGGGACACCGACCCAGUCACAGGGCCGACCGACUCGUGGACCAUCCACGGACUAUGGCCCGAUAACUGUGAUGGCACCUACGAGUCUAACUGCGAUGAUUCUCGCGCCUACACCAAUAUCACCGAGAUCCUGAAAGCCCAGGACCGUACCGACCUCCUCUCUUAUAUGGAGGAUUACUGGGUCGACAUUAAUGGCGACAGCGAGUCCUUCUGGGAGCAUGAGUGGGGAAAACAUGGCACUUGUGUCAACACCAUCAAGCCCAGCUGCUAUUCCAACUACUCGCCGCAGGAGGAGGUCGGCGACUUUUUCCAGAAGACUGUCGAUCUUUUCAAGGGUCUGGAUACCUACAAGGCACUGUCCGAUGCUGGCAUCACCCCUGAUGAGUCCAAGACCUACACUCUCAGCGAGAUCCAGUCUGCUCUGAGCAAGCUGCACGGCGCCGAGGUCUAUGUCAGCUGUGACAGUGGCAAGCUGAACCAAGCCUGGUAUUUCUUUAAUGUCGGCGGCAAUGCCAUCACUGGAAAAUACCAGGCUACCGAUACGCUCACCAAAGCGAGCUGCCCCAGCAGCGGCAUCAAGUACGUGCCCAAGAGCAAUUAA